AUGGCUGAUGUGAUUAAGAGUCUGAAGGUGCUGGAAGUUCUGAAGGAGUCCAUGGAUAAAAACAAGCUGUCAGAGGUUAAGGAUGCUGUGGAGGACCUCCUUCUAAGUAGGGUCAACAUUGCUGUGAUAGGGGAGAGAGGAGCAGAGAAAGCUGCCUUCAUCAACUCCCUGCGAGGGCUGGGGCCUGAGGAUGAGGAGGCUGUAAAGACAUCUUCCCCCACCCCUCCUGAUCAGCUGGCAAUGUAUGUCAGUCCAAAACACUCGGACUUUCGAGUAUGGGAUCUUCCAGCUGUCCCCACUGAUGCAUCAUUUGACCCAGAAGAAUACAUGGGGCGGGUGAGACUCCUACGUUUCAACUCUGUCAUUAUGACAUUUUCUCAAAGCCUCCAUCCCAAUGAUACCAUCAUCUGGAGGGAAGCUAGAGCACUCCAGAAGGAAACUGUGUACUUUGCACUGUUAGCCUCUGAAAAGGAAUCAGUGGAAGUUCUGGCAGCCAGACGACAGUCCAGCCUGGAUGUGCUGAAGGCUCAAGGUGUGGGUUCACAGAAAGUCUAUAUGGUACAUGUUUCUGCCUUGGAAAAACUGGACUUCCCAGCUCUGCUAGAGCAGAUGGAGCUUGACCUUCAGGAAAUAAAGGCUAAUGCUCUGCUCAUUGCCUUGCCUGCCCUCUCCAUUCCUGUUGUUCAACGGAAGAAAGAUGCUUUUAAGGCGGUGAUUUGGGCAGCUGCAUCCCUCUCUGGGGGGGUCUCAGCCAUCCCUGUGCCAUUGGUCUCUUCCAUGGUGGACUCCAGCCUGGCUGUUCGGAUCUUGGAUAAGGCGAGACAAUCACUGGGUCUGGAUGACAAGUCAAUUGAGAGGCUGGCAAGGCAGCGGGGGAAGGACAGUAUACAUUUAAAGAUGCUGCGCAGCUGUAACCUUUCUGUAGAAGUGACCAAAGGGGAGGUGAAGAAGCGGCUGUUGGCAGCUGAAAAGGAGAAGCCCUCUAACUCAUGGCUGAUGGAGAUGGCCCUCCCACACACUGCGAAAUCUGCCAGCCGCUCCUUUGUAGCCAUGUUACUCGCGCUCACUAGAGCCAUAGAUGAGAUGGGGGCAGAUGCAGAGAAGGUUGUAGCUGCUGUGGUUGGAGAGGAAAAGUAG